GAGAGCCUCAGGGCGGAUCUGCUGGAGAUGCUGUACGGCACUGCUCGCGGCGUCACCGCUACCGCAGCGCAGCGAACGGCAAUUGACGAGCUUGUGGCGGCGCUGGAGGCUCGCAAUCCCAACACCUCCCCCACUGACGCCGUCACUGCUCUGGGUGGUCGUUGGAAGUUGGUUUACACGUCCAACGUGGCCACGUUGUUGCUUCUGGGGGCUCUGGACGGCAUGCCGCUGGUGGAUGUGGGGGAUGUGGUGCAGAUCAUCGACCCAGAGGGACUCACAGCCACGAACAAGGCAAGGGAAAGGGGGAAGAAGAAGGAAAGGAUCGACUUGGCCGUUCCCGUGCUUCUGUCCCUCCGUGCCGAGUCGGGUUUGGAGGUCCGCUCCCCCCGGCAGUUCAAGGUGCGUCUGACCCGUGUGGGUUUGGACACGUACGUCGCCACCCCGCAGCUGCUGGCGGCGCUGGAGGUGCCCCCCUCCGUCACGUUGCUGGGGGCCACCCUGGACCUAACCCCGCUCAGGAAGCUGCUGGAACCCAUCAACAGCGGCCUGGAGAGCAUUGUGAGCCGUGCCGUAGCUCCGGAAAUCAGUAUGGACUCCGUUCCCGUUCCUCCGGGCCUGACCCGCGGGUCGGUGUCCGAGGCCGCCAGCUUGUGGAUGCUGACCACCUACCUGGACGACACGCUGCGUAUCAGCCGAGAUGAUGAAGGACGAGUCUUCGUAAUGCUCAAGGUGGGAAGAGGGUCUCUG